CCCACUCAAUCGAGAUGGCUGCAAAUGCUGGCUCUGCUGCUGCCGGUGGAGAGGUGAAGGAAGAUCCUGAGAGACUGAGGUUUCAGACUGAGCUCGAGUUCGUCCAGUGUCUCGCCAACCCUCACUACCUCAAUUUCCUAGCUCAGCAGGGCUAUCUGAAGGAGCCAGAGUUCAUCAACUACCUCAGCUACCUACAGUACUGGAGACAACAGGAGUACGCCAAGUUCAUCAAGUAUCCCCAAUGUCUCCAUUUCCUCGGUCUCCUCCAGUCGGAGUUCUUCAGGCGAGAGUUGGCCUACGCCCAGUGUGCCAAGUUUAUAGAGGAGCAGCAGCUGCAGCACUGGCAUCUCUACAACAAGAAGAGGUCUCAGUUCCAGCAGAAGAUAUUGGCUAAAGGAAAGCCUGUGCCAGUUGACAAAUGACUUCUCUUUCUUCACUAAGACUUUACCCUCCCUCUCAUUGACUUCCAGUUUCAACUCUCUGUCGCAAUCAUAACAUUUUUAUAUUAUCAAAGACCCUACAAUCCCACAAUGAUCUGACGGAACAUUUACAAAAUUUUUAUAAAAGAUGAUGAUAAAAACACUCAAAAAAUACAUAUAGCUGCUGGUGAAAAAUUGAGGUCGGUCAGUCAAAAUUUGAGUAGAGUUCAAAGGAAACGAGGAACUCUAGGACGGAGGAAUAGCAGAACUUGUACUGCUCAAAAGUGGCAACCAGUCCAGGUUGCUGCUGGCGGAGGGCAUGGACGAAGAAGAAAAUGUCGACAACUCCCUCCACCUUCAGCUGCUCCAGCACACUGCUGAGGACACAGAACGUCCCAGCUCUACCAAUGGUGGUACUGCAUAGGGUGGUCAGGGA